UUCAAUUUAAAUAUAAACGCCGACUAACUCAACUAACAGAUAAUAUAUGUUUUAAGACAACUGGACCUGUGUCCUGUUAUGAAAGUUAUUAAAAAUGACCCUUUACUGGAACCCGUUCUGAAAUCAACACUGGGAGGCGAUAUCAAUAUAGGUUUAAGGGUACACGGGCAGUUCACUCUAGAUUGACUACGAAACUCUACGACACGGGAAGCAGGAAGUUCGAUAGAGACAACUUUGCUGCCAGGGUUGCAUAGCUUGCGUUUCGUUGAUCAAACGAAUCGUAAACCGUUUUAGUCAGCGAAUCAAACCCCUUCUAUACAUCAUGGGAAAGGGUGGUGGAACCUUUGAGAGGCUUCUAGACAAGGCCACAAGCCAGCUUUUGCUGGAGACAGACUGGGAGUCCAUCCUGCAGAUCUGUGACCUCAUCCGCCAAGGAGACACUCAGGCAAAAUAUGCAAUCGGUGCCAUUAAGAAGAAGCUAAAUGAUAAGAAUCCCCAUGUGGCUCUUUAUGCGCUUGAGGUGCUGGAAUCAGUUGUGAAGAACUGUGGGCAGACGGUCCAUGAUGAGGUGGCCAGCAAGCAGACUAUGGAGGAGCUCAAAGACCUUCUUAAGACGGAGCCGAAUGUCAGGAACAAGAUUCUCUAUCUGAUCCAAGCCUGGUCCCACGCCUUCCGCAACGAGCCAAAGUACAAGGUGGUUCAGGACACCUACCAGAUCAUGAAGGUGGAGGGUCACGUGUUCCCUGAGUUCAAGGAGAGCGAUGCCAUGUUCGCCGCUGAGAGGGCCCCGGACUGGGUGGAUGCAGAGGAGUGCCACCGCUGCAGGGUUCAGUUCGGAGUAAUGACACGCAAGCACCACUGCAGAGCCUGUGGGCAGAUCUUUUGUGGGAAGUGCUCCUCCAAGUACUCGACAAUCCCCAAGUUUGGCAUCGAGAAGGAGGUGCGAGUGUGUGAGCCCUGCUUCGAGCAGCUCAACAACAGCCACCCCUCCUCCCUCUCUCCCCCUCCUAGGAAAUCCGAGGGCAAGGCCCCCAGCGUUGCACCAUCCGAGCUGCCCCCCGAGUACCUGACCAGCCCCCUGUCCCAGCAGUCCCAGGUUUGGGAUCCGACCGCUCUACCUCCACAGAUGCCCCCCAAGCGCGAUGAGGCAGCUCUGCAGGAGGAGGAAGAGCUGCAGCUCGCCAUUGCCCUGUCCCAGAGCGAGGCAGAGGAGAAGGAGCGCAUGAGGCACAAGGGCUCGUACGGGGUGUACCCAAAAGCCGACCCCACCCCUGUGACCUCGUCUGCCCCACCUGUCAGCACCCUCUACUCGUCUCCUGUGAACUCCUCCGCCCCCUCAGCUGAAGAGGUGGAUCCUGAGUUGGCCCGCUACUUGAACCGGACCUACUGGGAGAAGAAACAGGAAGAGGUGCGCAAAAGCCCCACCCCCUCCGCUCCAACUCCUGUGCCAUUGCCUGAACCCAUACCCAUGCCAAUCAGCCAGCCUGUGGAGAGCCAACCCCCUGUGCAGGUGCAAGUGCAGCCAGUCAACAUAGUGGAGCAGUACCAGAACGGUGAGUCAGAGGAGAACCACGAGCAGUUCCUGAAGGUGCUGCAGAACGCCGUCACCACCUUCCUGAACCGCAUGAAGAGCAACCACAUGCGCGGGCGCAGCAUCACCAACGACAGCGCCGUGCUCUCGCUCUUCCAGUCCAUCAACAACCUGCACCCACAGCUGCUGGACAUCCUCAACCAGUUGGACGAGAAGAGACUAUACUACGAGGGUCUGCAGGACAAGCUUGCUCAGGUGCGAGAUGCGCGUGCGGCCCUGAACGCCCUGCGAGACGAGCACCGCGAGAAACUCCGGCGCGCCGCCGAGGAAUCCGAGAGGCAGAGGCAGAUCCAGCUGGCCCAGAAACUAGAGAUCAUGAGGCAGAAGAAACAGGAGUACCUGGAGAUGCAGCGGCAGCUGGCCAUCCAGCGGCUGCAGGAGCAGGAGAAGGAGAGGCAGAUGCGUCUGGAGCAGCAGAAGCACACCAUCCAGAUGAGGGCUCAGAUGCCGGCCUUCUCCCUGCCUUACGCACAGAUGCAGUCACUGCCCCCUAACGUGGCAGGAGGGGUGGUGUACCAGCCCGCCGGCCCGCCCAGUUACCCCGGCACCUUCAGCCCUGCUGGCUCAGUCGAGGGCUCUCCCAUGCACGGAGUCUACAUGAACCAGCCCGGCCAGACGGGCGGCCCCUACCAGGCCAUGCCCCCUACAGAUCCCAACAUGGUGAAUGCCUACAUGUACCAGAAUGCAGGCACCAACGCCCAAGCUGCACCCCCAGGCCAGGCCCCCCCCUCCGCCACCCCUGCCUACUCCAGCUACCAGCCCACCCCGACACAGGGCUACCAGAACGUGGCGUCCCAAGCCCAGAGCAUGCCCCCCAUGCCUCAGGCUGGACCCACUAACGGCAUCACCUACAUGGGCUAUCAGCCUUACAACAUGCAGAACAUGAUGACUGCUCUGCCAGGACAGGACCCAAACAUGCCCCCACAGCAACCUUACAUGCCCGGACAGCAGCCCAUGUAUCAGCAGAUGGCGCCCCCCGGUGGUCAACAGCAGCAGGCGCAACAGCAGCCUGUUCAGGGCCCCCCAGGCAGUGCAGAGGCCCAGCUCAUCUGCUUUGACUGAUACCUGCCCCCACCAGUGCCUCAGGCCAUGGGGUCCAACACACUACACCCUCCACCCCCCACCCCCCCUUCCUCUCCUCCUCCUCUUUCUUCCUUCCUUAAACACCUGGCUUCACCCGUUCUUUUCUCCCAACCACGUAUGACCGUGCCCAAAGGCCAAGCAAUGCCACAGUCAUGUUGCAAAAGCCGUGCACCACCCCAAAUCCACUCCCUCGCUCCUCCUCUUAAGAUGAAGUAGGAGUUGGGAAGAAUAAACUCACGAGAGGGAAGACCCUCCCUCCAUUCUCUGCCUGCCAUCUCUCUCUCUCUCUGUGUGUGUCUGUCUCAUAUGUACGUAGUCUUGUCCUUAUCGUUGGAUUGCAGAAGCUCAGUUUAGUCAGUGGUGUAGAAAUAAAUACAACAACAAGAAAUAGAACUGAAGAUAAACAAAAACACAAGACACAACCAUCCUUUUGUCUCAUAUUUUUCUAAAUCAGAUUUGCAUGUGUUCAGUAAUUCUUUUAAGAUGCUGAUGUGUGUGUGAGUGUGUAUGUACGUGAGGGUGGGUGGGUGUGGUGAUGCGUGACAGCCGUCCUCCCCUCCUGCAUUAUGCACUGGUGUGAUGAUCUGUUUUAAAAUGCUGGUUUAGAGGCUAUAUUGCUAUGAAGGGUGAUUUAGGGGACGAGAUGGUGGCCCCCUUUCUGUCCCGGUUGCUCUCAAAUCGACAUUUCAAUGAUAUUGUCCAUCAUUCCCUAACACAUCUGCCAUAGAGGUCCAUCUAUUCAUAUGCCUGUCCAACUGUUUGCUUGCUCAUCCGGAUUGUCAAAUGUGACUGUAGAGAGAAUACAGGAAGUGAUGGCUAUAGUAAAUGUGGAGUGGGGCACAGCUGUCAUCUGAUCAGAUCAUUCGCUCUGAGAUCUCCUAGUGAAGCAUCGCUGUGUCAUUCAUUCCGUGAUGCCGUGUGUACCCCAUGUUACGCAAUCAUUCUUCCUCUUCGGUAAAUAAUGUCAGACAGGGGGAGAAUCAUUGAUCAUAGGUACCUGCAAUUUUACAUGGGGCACCAGAUCUAUUUUAAAACACACUAAACCCCCCAGCCCCCCCGGUCACCAUCAGUAUGCGCUAAGCUGCUGGAGGUCUUAACAAAUGGGUAUGAGGACGAAGGUGUGGAUGUAUCUUUUUCAUUGUGCAUUGCUUUGUCUGGGAAAGUGUAUGUGUGUGUGAGUGUGUUUUGUGGUGAGACUGCAGUGCCGUAGAAUGGUCAUAUAUUGCGCAUGUAUGUAACAUACACCAACCAGUGACUUCUGUAACCCUUAAAUGGCAUUUGUGAACUCUCUCUUCUAUCAUACUGAUCUGUCUGACUUCAAGAAUUAACUGUAAGAUUAUAUUUAAUAAAUAUCGGGUUCUUUUAUUGUCCACA